AUGACUACGCCUCUGUCAUAUAAACCGAUAAUUGAGGCCUUUUUAUCACAAAAUGUGGAUGACGAGAACGAGUGGGAACGCCUUGAGGAAACAAUUCAACCCCCUCUCCACUUUAUGCAAAGCUACAUCAGAAACACAAAGGAGUUUCUUACUGUUCGCUCGACGGUUCUUGUGCCGUUCAAGCUUGGGGUGUUUGUUGAUUUGUUUCAAGAUGUUGUGAAAUUCAUGUCAGCAUAUCCGAACGUUUGGGAUGUCAAAAAGAUAGACGAUGACCGCCUCUCUUUUACAUUGGUGAUGAAUGCAACGGACUAUGUAGGGAGGGUCUAUUGCAGGUAUAAGCACAUUGUCGAGCACAAACGAACUAUCCUGUUCUCGUACGACUACCAACUUCCUGGUUUUAUAUAUUAUAUACACUGUGCGGAGAAAAUGCGGGAUGGGAUCAUGUAUACUCUCGAGACCAAAUCAUUGAACGCGGGGUUUGGAAGAAAGGAAAUACUGUACGCAAUCUCAACAUGCAGAAAAAAUCUGCAUCAGAUGGUCGAGUUUAUGAAAAAGGAUCGGAACGAAAUUUUUAUGUUGGCGAACGAGCGGCUGUUUAAUCAGAAACUCCAAGAGGAUAAAACAACUUUGAUUCCCGUCCACAGAACUAACUUGUUUACUCUGUUCACAAAUAAAGACAAAACAGAACUUUUUGCACAAGGUAAAACAUUUUUCAAUUUCAACUUGAAAACAUUGGUAAAUAUGUAUUCGGGUAACACAAUACAUUCACCAUUAUGUCGAACAGUCAAAACAUUAAGAGAUGAUGGGCUGGUUAAUUAUUUACAUGUGAGCACCGGGAUGUUGGGUAAAAUAAGAGGGGAGAGCGACAUCUUCGUGGGGACUAUUUUGUUUGAGGGAAACAUGUUUGUUUUUAGUGAAACAUUGUGUCCACAAAAGGAAUGCGACAUAAAACACAACACAAAAAUAGACAUGCAAACAGGUGAGCACGUAGAGUGGUUUGGAGAGUUUGCAACGACAACUUAUUACUACAAAUUUUUCAUUCCCGAAUUGAAAAAUACAACACCACAAAUGUUUAAGACCAUUUGCAACAACUUUUUAUGCGCUUUCCUGUUGAUAAGAAUCCGCCUCGAAGGCAUUUCACCAGCACUCCCUUUUUGUAGUGGACCUACCGACGAUAUCUUGGAAAAGCGCAUUCUGCAAACCGCACUAUUAAAGAGCUACAAUUAUACGUUGCUGAAAAGGCAGAACAAAAUCACCAGGAAACAAAUUGAAGACACUCAUCCAACAAAUUGUUUCGAUGAACUUGAUAAUGAAAGCAUCAUAACAGUAUUCCAGUUCUUACCUCUGCAAUCGGUCGUGGCUAUGAUGCGCACGUCGAAGAGAAUGUACUCCAUCAUCAAAAACAACGAACAAAUUUGGGGCAACUUUUAUACCCUUUAUUUCAAGCCCACAUCAUUUUGUACAUACACAAAAAAGUGUACUGAAUUUUGCACCGCUCAAAUCAAUGCAGAGAAAAUGGAGCGCAAUAAGCUGAAAAACCAGAGCCAGACCAAUUACUAUCUUGUGAAGCACGCCUGCACAAUCAAAAACAAGUGGACACUCAAUAGACCAAAACAGCGAAUGUCUGCUCGACUUGUCCAGAUGCCAAUUCACUUCAUCGAGUAUUGUCCCAAUAGGACGAUAUUAGUCGGUAAUAAUACGGGGUGUGUGCUACGUGUCGGCACUGAUAACAAGACGGUGAUCACACGGACGAUCCUUUCAAAUGAGAUCACCGGCAUUUCUCAGUACGACAAUUGUGCGGUUGUUUCCUUCAAGAAAGGCGAAAUGCGGAAGUACAAGCUGUUUGCAGUCAACGACUUCCAAACAUUUCCUGCACUCAAAAAUGACCACAUCCAGUUUUUGCCAGACCAAAAGUAUUUGUCGUGGUGCACAAAUUCCCAAAACUUCAGUCUAGCCGACUUUCUCGAUGUCUCUCGGGCAAUAACUUAUAAAGUGAAGAAGGACCUUUUGCUCCAAGUCCAGACCUUUUCGCAAAAUUUGGUUGUCUGUUCGACUUCCAACAACUCGAAUGUGCUCUUUGACUUAAGGGAGGGGGAUGUUGUGUUCGAGACGUUGAGCCAAAUUUCUCCCAUCAACACAUUUGAUUGCUUUGACUGGUAUGUGGUGAGUGGGUGUCAGUCGGGGUCGGUGUGGAUGUUUGACUUACGAAAGCAAGGAAAUUUUUUGAACCGAACGAUUCACACGGCACCAAUCAAUGUGGUGAAGUGCUUCAACCGCAAGAUAGUGACUGGUGGUGAUGACCAUCUCUUAUCCCUUCUCGAGUGCAACAAAAGCUGGUGUGGUGGUCUCAAGUACAUGUACCAACACCAAAGUCCGAUUACUUCAAUUGAGAUGGAUGAUACAAUUCUCAUGAGUGGGUCAGCAGAUGGGUAUCUGUGGUCCUCCUUUUAUGAAUAA